AUGCGUCUGCGUGCUGUCGACAGCGUCAUCUCGACGGUCGACAAGGCGCUUGAGAAGCAGGGCACGACGCUGAAGGCACUCGAGCUGUGGAAGGCACAGAUGCCGACCGAAAAGGAGAUGCUGCCGCGCGACAAGUACACGCUCUUUGACCGCAAGGCGAAGCGGUACCGGAAGAGCAUCCACAAACUGCCCAAGUGGACCCGGGUGUCGCAGAGAAUCAACCCUCCCGGCUACUGA